GAAAAUAACCAACUUUAAAUGUUGAUGAAAACUUCUAAAACAUGGAGCAGGCAACAUACUGACAAACAAUGGGUUUGAAGUCGGACCUGCAUUUCCUGCAAAUGCAACUGAUGGAGUUUUGCUGGAUGAAGAACCAGACGAGCAAGAAUCACCUCUCCAGCGAUGGGCUAUCAUGGGUACGGUCAAGUACAUAGAUUCAAAACAUUAUCACGUUCCAGUAGGAAAAGCAGCUAUUGAGUUGGUGUCUGGAGCUCCUUCAGGAAUCCUGGCAAACACAAUUCUGACAAAGGAUUCAACAUACAAGUUACAGUUCACAAUUGGAGAUGCUAAUAACUCAUGUAUUGGAGAUUUCAUAGUGUAUGCUCAAGCUGGACCUGUUAUACAGAACUUUUCAGUGCAGAGUAGUGGCAAAGGAUUCACAGAAAGAUUUUCUAUGCAGUUUGGGGCAUUUUCAAGCCUGACUCCUAUCAGUUUCUCAAGCUUUAAUCAGAGCAGGACAAGUGAAAACUUCUCAUGCGGACCUGUGAUAGACAAUAUUGUCCUUGAUUUCAUCCAGGCAUCGAGUCAAAUUCGGCAGCCCAGUCUUGCAGUUUCGAGCCUGGUUUUCAGUUUGUUGUUAUUCAUAUUUGCAUAGAGCUUUACAAAAGUUGUAAUUGUAUUAUUCAUUAUGUGUGACAGUGCAAAUAAUUAUAUGUAUGCAAAGGACUUGAUACACAAGUUUAUCCAAAUGAAUAUUGAUGAGAAAUAGGAUACCUUACAGCAUUCUGACAUAAUAUUGCCACAAGCUCACAGAAACAAUGUUUCAGUUUAGUUUCAUCUACAUAUGAGGUAUAAACACGGAAAUAAUGAAAUAGAAUCUUAAAGAAAAGAACCCAAUGAAG